AUGCUAUCAUUCUUUCCAUUUUUCGCAACUUGUGAAAAUAAACUAUGGUUUGAAAAAUUCGCGUCUACUCGAUUUGAAUCGAGAUAUGCCUGGAACGGCUGGUACUUGUCUUUUACCGUUGACACCUGGUAUUGGAUCGAUAAUUGCUUGUUCAAGAACAUUCAACCUUAUGGAGCUGUCCGCUUUACAAAUAAAAUCUCAACAAUGUGCAUGUUAUUGAGUGAUACGGUCUUUCAUAGUUGCUUUUCUAAUGAUGAUAACUUUGCUGGUGGAUCAUUUUACUGGAGAGAAGAAGGACAGUUUGCUGAAUAUGGUGUAUGCUACUACAAUAGUUAUAGCAGCAAAAAUGGCCAAGUUUUUGGUAUUACAGUUAGCAAGUCAAAAUAUGCGACUAACCACCACAACAUGUCUACUUUUUCACAAAUUGGUCGUGGUGUUGAUAGUGGAAAUUUCUUAGCUGGCAUUGCAUCCGGUGAAAUUAUUUUCAUAAAUAAUAAUAUGUCGUUUUGUUAUAAUCAAGAGCAUGCCGGAAUAAACUCUGCUAAUGUUCUCUACGAUAGCCUUUGGAAACAGUCUCAGUUUAAAAAUUUUUCAUCUUCGAAUAUAUUGUUUAAUCCAGGUCAAUCAAAUCAACAGAGAACUCAUAACGCUAUUCUCUGCAACUUUAUGUAUUGUAAAGGCAAUUCUCUUUUUCAAUCUGAUACCAAAUAUUUAAACAUUGUGAGUUGCAUCAUUAAAGACAAUAAAGUUAGAACAUUGAUUGGCGUUAGAAGUGAUUAUAUUGUAAAUGUAAAUGAUACGUACUCGUCGUCUAAUUUUCCAUCAAACGCGAUAGUUGAAAAUCCUAGAGUUGAAAGUGAAGAAUUAACUCUUUCCCUAUUAGAUUUUACUGUUUGCGAUCGAACACCAUAUUACCAGGAUUCUUUGAAACUUGAAAAAGUAAGCCGUAAAGCAAUUGGUGCUGCAUUAGCACAAAUUCCAUCAAUGGCUUCUUCAAGAGAAGGUUCUUAUAUAUAA